UGCACGCUGCGAACACGACCACCAGACUUUAGUACUUCCUCCCAACUGUCAAAGGCGCCUUCCUUUCUUUUCGUUUGUUAUUGCCGAAGUUGUUGAUAUAGAACAACAAAAAAGGACAAAAUGAAAUUCAACAAAUUCGUUACAUCCUCGCGCAGGAAGAAUCGCAAACGCCAUUUCACCGCUCCUUCACACAUCCGCAGGCGACUAAUGUCAUCGCCGCUGUCCAAGGAGCUCCGCCAAAAGUACAACGUUCGCUCCAUGCCCAUCCGCAAGGACGAUGAGGUGCAGGUGGUGCGCGGCCACUUCAAGGGCAACCAAGUGGGCAAAGUGGUCCAGGUCUACCGCAAGAAGUUCGUUGUUUACGUCGAGAAGAUCCAGCGCGAGAACGCGACCGGCACCAAUGUGUACGUCGGCAUCCACCCCUCCAAGUGUUUAAUUGUUAAGUUGAAGCUUGACAAGGAUCGCAAGAAGAUCCUGGAACGACGAGGCAAGGGACGUUUGGCCGCUUUGGGCAAGGACAAGGGCAAGUACACAGAGGAGACCACGACCGCCGCGCAACCCAUGGAGACUGCUUAGACCUAGGCGGAUCCGAGUGUACUUUGUAUUUUAAAUAUAAAUAAUUUCGAAAAAAGGA